CCGAGGAAGGGGAAAUCGUGACGCUCGUGCCCGAGGGGCGGACGCUGCUUUCCUCAGCGGGCUGCGCGCGGUUUCUGCGGGGAUAGUGGCUGGCUCUGUGGGCAACCGCACCCAUGGCUUCCGUGCUGUCCUACGAAAGCCUGGUCCACGCCGUGGCCGGAGCCGUGGGAAGUGUAACAGCGAUGACGGUGUUUUUUCCUUUGGAUACAGCUCGUCUUCGACUUCAAGUUGAUGAGAAAAGAAAGUCCAAAACUACUCAUAUGGUACUCUUGGAGAUCAUUAAAGAAGAAGGCCUCCUGGCACCAUAUCGUGGGUGGUUUCCAGUUAUCUCCAGCCUCUGCUGCUCCAAUUUUGUCUAUUUCUACACUUUUAAUAGCCUCAAAACAGUCUGGGUGAAAGGCCAGCGUUCUUCUACCGGAAAAGACCUGGUAGUUGGAUUUGUUGCAGGAGUGGUGAAUGUUUUGUUGACAACUCCACUCUGGGUGGUAAACACCAGGCUGAAGCUGCAAGGAGCAAAAUUUAGGAAUGAAGACAUUGUACCAACCAACUACAAAGGUAUUAUUGAUGCUUUUCACCAGAUCAUUCGAGAUGAAGGAAUCUUGGCCUUGUGGAAUGGCACGUUUCCCUCCUUGCUUUUGGUCUUCAAUCCUGCCAUCCAAUUCAUGUUCUAUGAAGGUUUAAAGCGGCAGAUUUUAAAGAAACGAACGAAGCUCUCGUCUAUGGAUGUGUUCGUCAUAGGUGCAAUAGCCAAAGCAAUUGCUACCACGGCCACCUACCCUAUGCAGACAGUGCAGUCGAUUCUGAGGUUUGGACGUCACAGACUAAACCCAGAAAACAGAACACUGGGAAGUCUUCGGAAUGUUCUCUAUCUUCUUCAUCAACGCGUAAGGCGAUUUGGAAUUAUGGGACUCUACAAAGGCCUGGAAGCCAAACUGCUGCAGACAGUCCUCACCGCGGCCCUCAUGUUCCUUGUUUACGAGAAACUGACAGCUGCCACCUUUACAGUUAUGGGGCUGAAGAGGGCGCACAAGCGCUGAGGCACCACAGGCUUCUGAGUGUGGAGAGAUGUCCGAGAGAGGGCGUUUCCUUCCCCUGAGGAAACGUGACUCCUCUUACUCUUGCUCUUUGCACCUUGAGUUUUAACCCUCAUUGACUUGAAAUACAUCUGAGGGUAAAUAUAUAUAGCCAGGCAAACCCCACCACAAAUUCACUGUAAUGGUUGCUUGAAGUUUGUGGGUGAGGGGGAAAUUGGACAGACAGUCAAAAAACUUGAUCGAAAACCUGAAAAUGAGUUUUAUGGGGAUUUAUUGGUCUCCGUAAGAGAAACAGACUUUCGUUGUCAUGUGUAAUAUUUUUCCAGUUAGUCUUUCAUGAAUUUACAAAUUGUUCUCCUUCCAUGAGUCCUCCUCCAGAUUCUAGGACAAAUUUAAUACAUGUAAUUUUUCUCAUAUGUCUCAAUCUGGGAGUUUUCCUUACUGAAAAUAAUAUUAUGACUGUGCCAUAGGCACAUUAUUUUUGUUGAACUUUUAAUCUUCUGCUUAAGGAAAGGUGUCUUCUUUAGUACACAAGCUAUUUAUUUUGUGGAAGAAAUGAAAAUUAAAUUAUUAAUGCCUAA